UCUCCUCGUAGGCUGGGCGCACGGCAGAAAGAAAGAAAUAGAGAGGGAGCGAGAGGUUUCCUCCCAGAUAACUUUCCUCAUAUAUCCAGGACACUGCACCGGUAGCAUCUUCAGGUCAAAACUCGGAGAGAGAGAAACCAGCUGUCAGGUCUGCUGCGCGCUGCAAGGUCCGACGGGUUGGAACUCCAAGAAAACAUUAUUAAACCCGCUGAACACGGGAAUAACGAGGAUGCUCCUGCCUUUGGCAAUCCUACAGCUGCUCCUGACUCCAGCUCUCAUGGGGCCCAGUGUGGAUUACUGGGACUCAUGGGGUCCAUAUGGAGAAUGCAGUCGGACUUGUGGCGGGGGUGUGACUGUGAGAACUAGGCGCUGUAUUACUCACAGGGAGGAUGGAGGGCACAACUGUGUGGGACCAGACAAGUCAUAUCGGUCCUGCAACAUCCAGGACUGUCCAGAGGGAUCCAGAGAUUUCCGCGAAGAGCAGUGCUCCCAGUUUGAUGGGACAGAUUUCCACGGGAAACGCUACAAAUGGCUUCCAUAUUACGGAGCUGAGAACCCCUGUGAGCUGAACUGCAUGCCAAGAGGGGAAAACUUUUUGUACCGCCACCGCAGAGCCGUGAUUGAUGGUACGCCCUGUCACCCAGGGCGGACGGAUAUCUGUGUGGAUGGAGUGUGCAGGCGUAUGGGCUGCGACAACAUGCUGGAGUCUCCUCAGCAGGAGGACCCCUGUCUGCAGUGCGGGGGUAACGGCCAGUCCUGCUACCGUGUCAAGAACAGCUUCACUGCCCGCGACCUGCCAACCGGCUACAACCAGAUGUUCAUCAUCCCCGUUGGAGCCACCACCAUCAGCAUCAGAGAGACACAUGCCACACGUAACUACCUCGCUAUCAAGAAUCUACGUGGAGAGUACUAUCUCAAUGGCCACUGGGUAAUUGAGUUUUCCAGAGCCACACCUAUUGGCGGCACCAUGCUGUACUACCAGAGAGGAGCUGAGGGCGACAGUGUCCCUGAAACCAUCAUCGGCCGUGGCCCCACCACUGAACCACUUGUUGUUGAGCUGAUCAGCCAGGAGCCCAAUCAGGGAGUGGAAUAUGAAUACUACCUUCCAAAUGGACGCUCCAGAGAGGGCUACUACUGGAGCUAUGGAUCCUGGUCUGCUUGCAGCAAAGAGUGUGGAUCAGGCUACCAGUCUCGUUUGGUCUUCUGCUCAAUCGACAAUGAGGCCUAUCCUGACUAUCUCUGUGCUUCUCUGCCGAGGCCACAGAGCAACCGUACAUGCAACCCUCAACCAUGCCCACAAAUCCGCAGCUGGCAAACUGGGGAGUGGAACGCCUGCUCAGUUACCUGUGGUGGAGGCUCUCAGGUGCGCAGUGUGCAGUGUGUUUCCAAUGAUGUCUCGGGACCCCGCGUGGUGGAGGAUGCCAUUUGUGCCGCUUACGCUGACGCUCCUCCUCCUCUGCAGACCUGCAACAUGCAGAAAUGUGCUGAGUACCAUGUGACUGGAUGGAGUGCGUGCUCAGUGACCUGUGGUUCAGGUCAGCAGACCAGAGAAGUGACCUGUAUGGGUUCAGAUGGUACGAGGCUGGAUGAAACAUCUUGCAGUGCUUUGCUACGCCCGGCCGCUGUCCAACGAUGUGAGAUGGCCCCCUGCCCCCAACAGAUCAGCUGGCACGUAGGAGAUUGGGGACUGUGCUCUAAGAGUUGUGGAUCUGGCUCACGAGAGCGCCAGGUGAUCUGCUCUGAUCAGGAGAGGAACCUGUACCCUGUGGACCAGUGUAACACCCAGCCCAAACCACUCACAGUGGAGCGCUGCAACACCCAGCCCUGUUACAGCCCACAGGUCGUCCCCAGCAUUCAGGACCCACGGGGACAUGACAGCACUCAGAUUGGCUUCCAGCCUUAUGUGCCAGAUCACGCAACAGCCCGCAGGCCUGAGACAAGAGAUCCAACCCAGACGAAUACAGUCUACGACCCUCACAGCUCCGCCCCGGCUCUCCACUGCAGCCAGUCUUAUUAUGGCUGGUGCUCAGAUGGGCAUACUUCAGCCAGAGGCCCUCAGGGGCUGGGUUGCCCAUCAGCUCCAGCUCCCUCUCCUGUCCCAACAUCCUGCAUUCAGACCAGUCAUGGCUGCUGUGAAGAUGGUGUGACGGCUGCUCAGGGCCCCAAUAAGGAAGGCUGUGCGGCGUAUGUGAACCCUGCACCAACUGUUACACCUUCUCUCCCUACUGAGAAUGCAGUAGAAUGCCGCACCACCACCUAUGGCUGCUGCUAUGACCGCACCACACCUGCAGGAGGACCCAAUGGGGAGGGCUGCCCCAAUCCUCCUAAUUAUAUUGAGCGAUCAAUCUGCUCCCUGCCCCGUGCUGCUGGCUCCUGCAGCAGUUGGGUGUCCCGGUACCAUUUCGAUGUCAUCUCCUCUAAAUGUGUGCACUUCUGGUAUGGAGGAUGCCACGGCAACAGCAAUAACUUCAUGACCCUAGCAGAGUGCAAACGGACAUGUCCACGACCUGCACCCAGCUGGCAGGCCCCGCAGCCUGCAGCUCCCUCUGGAGAGUCUACAAGAACCGCAGCUGGAGAACACAGCACGACUGGAGCAGAGACCUCAGCUGGAAGAGGAUCUACAACGGAUGGGCGGUCACGCAACAUGGGGAGGAUUUUCAUAGUCCAGCGUGGCUCGACCAGCAGACAGGCUACAAGCGCAGCCACUAAUGCCCACAGAGGUAGAGUCUACCUGCGGGUACGCCGGCCUUCACAUGGCACAGCUGCACAGCACACCGGCCCAGCUGCGAGCUUGACUCUGGGGGGAGUAACGAUUGAUAAGACCGACCCAUCCACAGUCGAGGCUUUAGUUGGCCAAACAGUUGUGCUGCCCUGCCGAGUCAGCCCUCCACCUUCCUCCACCGUUGUCGUGGAGUGGAGGAGGGAUGGUAUACCUCUAUCAACUCACAGGCAUCACCAACAGCCCAAUGGCUCUCUGUUAGUAGGUCCUGUCUCUAAGCUGGACUCUGGCUGGUUCCUGUGUGUGGCCACUCGAGAACGAGAGAGAGACCACCGCUACAUUUACCUGGCUGUCUCAGAGGGACCAUCUUCUACCUCGCUUCCCAGAGACGGUCCAUUUGCAAGGUUCAGUAUUGAGCGCUCAAGCUCAGCCCAGGUGGAAAUGCGAGCAGGACAAACUACCAGACUGCCCUGCACUGUUGUCCCCUCCUCAGCUCGGCAGUCUGUCAGCAUUGGGUGGACUAAAGAUGGACAGCUAAUCAGUGAUCCCAGGUUUACUCAGCAUUCAGAUGGCACCCUCAUCAUCGGCCCUCUGAAGUCUGAUGACUCCGGUGUCUACACAUGUACAGCCUCCAACCAGCAGCAGCUGGAGCAGCGACAGCUGCAGCUCAGAGUCCAGCCUGAUCUGAAAAUCACAACAGCUCCCAAUAACAUCCAAGUGUCAGAAGGCAGCACGGGCAUGCUUCCCUGUGUGGUGUCAGGAGACAACGUCAAUAUAGGCUGGUCAAGAAAUGGUGUACCGGUGCGUCCAGAUGGGCGCAACAUCCUCUUGUCUUCUGACGGCAGCCUGAUCCUUAAUAAUGUCAAGCCUUCUGAUCAGGGCACGUACACCUGCAACGCUUACACCGGCAUUUACUCUGUGAGCGCCACAGCUGAAGUAAAGGUUAUUAAAGAAACACAGCAAGGCGCUGACCUCCCGCCAGAAUGUUUGGACCAGCCUGAGCUUGCCAACUGUGAGCUGAUAGUUUACGCCCGACUUUGCUCCAACUCAUACUACUCCAGUUUCUGCUGUGCCAGCUGCACCAGGCAUUCGCAGAAGAAACGACAGGUUUGGUCGACCAGGUUAAAGCCACAGAGGGUGUAAAAACUAUGUGAUGUGUGGUGGUGGACACUGGGGUGGGAUCUGAAUUCCCAUUUAGAUUCUAAAAAACUCGAGCUGUCGACUACGAGCUGCUGCAUUUGCCAAAAGGACUCAAAAAACCCUGAGCAGAUUGUACAGAAACGUCUUUGAAUAUUGCAAUCUUAAAAAAGGGACGGAUCACUGUAGAUGCACAGUAGUUAAAGCUACAAAGUAAGUGGUGUUCAGGGAAUCUUAUGGAACGAUAAAAGAUGGGCCUUAAAAUAUAACGUAAACCUGUAAAGUCUGAAUGUGAUGAGACGAUGAACUCGUUCUUACUCUGCCACACCUUUUAAAAUGAGUUAUGCUCUCACUUGAUCUAUAUAUUCUCUGUUUUUUGAGAAUCGUGAUGAUAAUAACUCUUAUAUAUGUUAUUAAAAAAGCUGAAAUGA